CCAGGCGGAACUGAGGGGUCGGGUCACCACACGAAGAACACCGAGAUUCACCUGUGCGGGGGCCGGAGGCGGGGCCGGCCCCCACCCUCCCCGAAGCCGGCGGAAACCUCGGCCGGGAGCGGCCCCCGGGCUCGCCCUGCGCGCUGGGGCGGCGCCCCCGCUGGCCACCUCCUAGCGGCACUCCGCCCGUCCGCGCGUCCGUCCCGGCGCGGCCGCCAUGACCUGGAGCGCCACGGCCCCGGGCGCCCACCAGCCCGACAACACUGCGUUCACGCAGCAGCGCCUCCCCGCCUGGCAGCCGCUGCUGUCGGCCAGCAUCGCGCUGCCGCUCUUCUUCUGCGCGGGCCUGGCCUUCAUCGGCCUGGGCCUGGGCCUCUUCUACUCCUCCAAUGGCAUCAAGGAGCUGGAGUACGACUACACGGGCAACCCGGGCACCGGCAACUGCUCGGCGUGCGCCCUGGCCGACCAGGGCCGCGCACCGCCGCUUCGCUGCUCGUGCGCCUGGUACUUCUCGCUGCCCGAGCUCUUCCCGGGCCCCGUGUACCUCUACUACGAGCUGACCAAUUUCUACCAAAAUAACCGGCGCUACGGAGUGUCCCGCGACGACUCGCAGCUGAGCGGGCUGCCCAGCGCGCUGCGCCACCCGGCCAACGAGUGCGCCCCCUACCAGCGCAGCGCCACCGGCCUGCCCAUCGCGCCCUGCGGCGCCAUCGCCAACAGCCUCUUCAACGACACCUUCUCGCUGUGGCACCAGCGCCGGCCCGGCGAGCCCUACGUCGAGGUGCCGCUCGAUCGCACCGGCAUCGCCUGGUGGACCGACUGCCACGUCAAGUUCCGCAACCCGCCGCUGGUGAACGGCAGUCUGGCGCUGGCUUUCCACGGCACCGCGCCCCCGCCCAACUGGCACAGGCCGGUCUACGAGCUGAGCCCCGACCCGAACAACACCGGCUUCAUCAACCAGGACUUCGUGGUGUGGAUGCGCACGGCGGCGCUGCCCACGUUCCGCAAGCUGUACGCGCGCAUCCGCCAGGGCAACUACUCGGCCGGGCUGCCGCGCGGCGCCUACCUCGUCAACAUCACCUAUAACUACCCGGUGCGAGCCUUCGGCGGCCACAAGCUCCUCGUCUUCAGCAACAUCUCGUGGAUGGGCGGCAAGAAUCCCUUCCUGGGCAUCGCCUACCUGGUCGUGGGCUCCCUGUGCAUCCUCAUGGGCUUUGUCAUGCUGGUGGUCUACAUUCGCUACCAGGACCAGAACGACGAGGAGGAGGACGAAGAAUGAUUCCGGCUACUUGCCAAACAAAACUCUGGCAGGCUUCGUAGGCUUCUCCCCCUCGAUUCCAAUCCCAAUUCCAACCUCUCUCCUCACUUUUCCUCCUGUUGUGAUGAGGGGACCAGAGGGAGGAAGUAUACCCACUUGCUGGGGUGUUUGGAUGGCAGAAUGAGACGAUCAUAACAAAUUCUCCCCAUCUUCACGAUUUCCCAAGUUGACCUGUUAGGUUCUUGUGUGUGUGUGUGUGUGUGUGUGUGUGUGUGUGUGUGUGUGUGUGUGUGUUAGGUUCUUAAAGUCUUCGGCAUCUGAGCAUGGAAGGGACGGUGGAGAUUCCUUGUUCAACUUCUAUCUGAUGAGAAGACUGAGACCUAGAGACGUUAAAUAACUUAUUCAAGGUCACGUAGCCACUCGUUGGCUCCUGACUCUGACUCUUUUAUCACUACAACACAGUGGUUUUCUUGCGGGGAGGGGGGGCUGGAGGAGAGAGUAAAGCCCUCAAAUAACUUCCAGAGGUGUGGAGGGGUGGGAAAGAAUAUAUUUGUGAAAAAUGUAGACAGAUUAGGAAGCACUAUCCCCAGAUGCUGACACACGCAGGAGUGCACCUCCUAAAGCUGUAUUUUAAUAAGCCUGUCUGGAGAUCCCGCCUGUAUUCCCUCAAAUUCUGGAAUCACUGCCCUGAACCAGGGAGCAAGUAGAAUACUGGCUGUUUCCCUGUUUUCUCAUGUGUCUGAGGUUGGGCCUGAAGCAGUCAUGUGAGCCCAGCUUUUCAGGUAGUCAUUUGUUCCCAGGGGCUGUAACAAUCAUAAUGUUGCAAGUUUGGUCUACAAUCGUGCCUUCAAUAUGGAAAACACUCCAUAAGUUGUGGAAUGAGUGAAAAAUAACUUGCUAUCUCUAGAAAUCUGGCAUAAAGAUUUGCAAAACAGGGUUUGUAUCAAUUUAUUUAAUAUUGGAGGGUUAAAGUGAAAAAAACAAAACAAAACCAAACA